AUGGGGCGUUUAGGCCAAUCCAUCAUCCUGCUACAGGUGCUUAGCCUAACAGCUCAGGCCACAACCAAGGCAGUGUUCGCUCAUUUCAUGAUGGCAAACACCGUAUCUUAUGAAAUCUCCGACUGGAAGCAAGAUAUCUCACAAGCUCAAAAAGCCCACAUUGACGCCUUUGCUCUCAACAUGGCCUACGGCACGCCAGAAAUGGACAGAUCGACCGCCGAUGCCUUUGCAACAGCGGAAGAUCUUGGGUUCCUCCUUUUCUUCUCCUUUGACUAUGCCGGAAACGGGUCCUGGCCGCAGGAUCAGAUCAUCAAGUACCUACAGAAAUAUGCCCCAAGCUCCGCUUAUUAUGCCUACAAAGGAAAGACCUUCGUGUCUACGUUUGAAGGACCGGAAAGCGCCGAUGACUGGGUCACUAUCAAAAAUAAGACUGAUUGUUUCUUUGUCCCUGACUGGUCAUCUGUCGAUCCCACGUCCGCCCUCCAGCUCGGUGGAGGUGUCGUUGAUGGUUUAUUUUCGUGGGCGGCUUGGCCAACGAACUCGGAACAAAUGACCACAUACGUGGAUGCAUCAUAUCUGGAUUCUCUGAAAAAGGCCAAAAAGCCAUACAUGAUGCCGGCAUCUCCCUGGUUCUACACAAACAUGCCGGGGUACAACAAGAAUUGGGCAGUGCAGGGCGACGACUUGUGGUACAACCGAUGGGUAGAGAUAACCUAUCUAGAACCCGAGUGGGUUGAAAUCAUCUCUUGGAAUGACUAUGGAGAGUCGCAUUAUAUUGGGCCCCUCAAUGACAAGGGUUACGGUGUUUUUACUUCGGGCAAGGCACCGUACAAUUACGCGCGAGGCAUGCCUCACGAUGGCUGGAGGCUCCACCUCCCGUUUGUCAUUGACCUGUACAGAACAGGGACAGCAUCCAUGACACAGGAAAGCUUGGUUGCUUGGUACCGCACGGAGACUGGAAAUUCUUGCUCUGGUGGGAAUACCACGGGCUUCUCAUCUUCUGGACUUAAAAUUGGCACUGAUGCGGACGACAGGCUUGAAGAUAAAAUAUUCUUCUCGGCGCUUUUGGCGUCGAAUGCUUCAGUCUCUAUCAGCAUCGGUGGUCAAAAAUACAACGCUCAGUGGGAAUACGAGCCUUAUGGCGGUAUCGGCAUCUAUCACGGCAAUCUUGGCAUAGACGCUAGUCAUCUUGGAGAAGUCAGCCUUAGCAUUUCACGUGAUGAUCAGGAAAUGGUCAGCCUUGAUGGUCGCUCUAUCACAGGGAACUGCACGAAAGGCUAUGUUAAUCUCAAUGCGUGGGUUGGAAAUGCUACUUCUGGAAGCACUAUGCCUGCGGCUUCUCCAAAGAUGGCUCUAUCUGAGCAAGUCUGCAUCAAGGGAUCCGGCUCAUCAAAUUUCACGGAGCUCUGUGAAUUCACCUGCCGAUAUGGGUACUGUCCCAUGGAUACUUGCUAUUGCAAUGCAAUGGGUGCAGCUAGAGUGAAGCCAAAAGCCACCAAAGAUCAGGGACAUCCCAAAGAUGGGAUUCAGAGUUAUACCGGGCUAUGUUCCUUUGCCUGCUAUUAUGGAUUUUGCCCUCAGAAUACCUGCUCUUCAAUCAAGGGCGGUUCAUGUAAUGGCUCGGGCUGUAAGCAUGCCAAUUCAGGGUCAAGAACUUCCGUCAUUCUUUCCAUUGUCUUCCCUUUUAUCGCUUUUGUGUCAUACACAAAUUAUUUCUUUGCUAAGUGA